AUGCGCCGCCAGAGUCUGGAGAUGGGCGCCGUGGUCCGCGGCGCCGCGAUCGGCGCGCUCAAGGGGAAGUGGGCCCUCGCCCUGUCCCUGCUGCGCGGCGCGGCGCCCUCGGACGCGGCCGUGCUCUCCGGCGCGGAGCACGCGGUGAGCGCAGCCAUCGCCGCGUGCCCCAAGGGGCAAUGGAGGAGGGCGCUGGACCUCCUCGACAGCGCGCUGCGGCGCGGGGCGGGAACGACCGCGGUGACCUUCAACGCGGCCAUCCGCGCCUGCGCGAAGGACGAGCGGUGGCUGCACGCACUGGCCCUGCUGCGACACCUGCGCGCCGUGGAGCUUCGUCCCAACGUGGUCACCCUCGGCUCAGUGACAGGCGCCUUCGAGCCGGGCGGGCUGUGGGCCAUGGCGCUGUGGGCCGGGGCCCUGCUGCGGGCGGAGGGCGUGCGCCCCAACACCAUCACGCGCGGCACCCUGGUCGCCGCGUGCGCGCGGGGCUGGCAGUGGCGCCGGGCAUGCGCACUGCUGGAGGGUGCGCUGGAGGCGGGUCGCGGCGUGGCCGCCUGCUGCGUUGCCGCGACGGCCUGCGGCGGCGCCCAGCAGGCCAUGCCGACCGAGAUGCUCUCGCGGCGGCUGGACCGGGUCGCCGCCGCGUGGCUGCUGGAGCGCUCCCGGUGGGAGGCCCCCUCCGGGCCCGAGCUGGCGUCGACCCUGGGCGACCACCUCGACGCGGGCUCCCGCGUGGAGGUUGAUGCUGGAACCGAGCUGGUCCUCAGCUUCGAUGGCACGCAGGCGCUCGCCGGGGGCUCUGUCAUCAGCCUGCGAGUCGGCGGCAAGACCUACAACGUCACCGUGGUGGACUCCAGCUUCGAGGCGUUUCCGACGCCAGCUCCCACGCCAGCUCCGACGGCUGCGGCACCCGCGCCAACGCCCGCGCUGGCACCGGUCACGGGCGCUGUGGUACCGAACGUCGAGGCCGUGAAGCAGCACGGCAGGCUGCGCGUCCAGGGCAGCACGAUCGUCGGGGAGCACGGUAUGCCCGUGCGCCUGCGCGGCAUGUCCAUGUUUUGGUCGCAGUGGAUGGGCCAAUACUGGAGCGCGAAGAAGAACCCCGACACCAUCAGGUGGCUCAAGGAGGACUGGCACGUGUCCUUCCUCCGCGCCGCCAUGGGCGUGGAGCAGGGGGGCUACCUGGAGAACCCUGGUGCGGAGAAGGCGAAGCUGCAGGCCGUGGUGGACGCUUGCAUCGACGCGGGCAUCUACGUGGUGAUCGACUGGCACGCCUACCACGGCGAGGACCACGUCGAGGAGGCGAAGGCCUUCUUCGGCGAGAUGGCCCAGAAGUACGGCGACAAGCCCCACGUGAUGUUCGAGACGUAUAACGAGCCUCAGCAGGUCGACUGGUCGGGCGUCAUCAAGCCGUACCACGAGCAGGUCGUCCCCGUGAUCCGAGAGUUUUCGGACAAUAUCAUCAUCUUGGGCACAAGGACGUGGUCGCAGGAGGUGGACGUAGCUUCGCAGGACCCGGUCUCGGGCGACAACCUGGCGUAUACUGUACAUUUCUACGCCGCCUCGAUGGGAGCCGAUCUCCGGGGAAAGGUCUCGACCGCCCUUGCCAACGGUGCUGCCAUUUUCGCCACAGAGUGGGGCACCUGCGAGUACACGGGCGACGGCCGCCUUGACCUGGAGGAGUCCCAGGCGUGGCAGGACUUCAUGGAGGAGAAUCACAUCUCGGACUCGAAUUGGGCCAUUAGCAACAAGGAGGAGUCGUGUUCCGCCCUGCGCGGCGGAGCCAGCGGAUCAGGCGGCUGGUCAGAGGCCGACCUGACGGAGUCUGGCAGCUGGGUGCGCAGGUCCAUCCGAGAGUACAACUCCGACGAGCCGCUGGCCAGCGCCGACGCGGCGCGCCCGAUGCCCUCCGGGGGGCGGCUCGAGAAAGUCGUCAUGCAGAAGCACUCCAUGAUGCGCGGCCCCGUGCGCUUCUUCCCAGGCGACAGCAGCAGCGAUGGCAGGCACGCGGCCGCCUUGGCCGCGCUGGCGGCGGGUGCAGGCGGCGCCCUUGCGCUGGCGGCGUGGGUGGCGCGGACCAGGCGCGCGGCGGGGCUGGCGCGGUUCUUGGCCGUAGACAGGCAGCCUCUGGACAUCCCCAGCGGCUCCGACACCAUGCCGCAGCUUCAAUGA